GGAGGAGGAGGUGUCAGCUUCUCGAGCGUGAGGUGAAAAACAAGAUCCAGACAUGCCAAAAUCUGAAGCGUGAUUUACAGCGGGCGCGGCAGGAGAGGAAACACCUUCAUCUACAGUUAUUCACCCACAGUCUGAAGGAGGAGCAGUACGAACAGGUGAAGUCGGACUAUGAGAAGCUCAGACGGACGUUGGGAAGCGUAAGACGGGAAAGUGAGCGGGCGAGGCAGGAGAAAGCAGAGCUCCAAAACAAACUGGAGAACCUCCAGCAGCUCCUGAAGUGUAUGCGUGACGCUGCAGAGCGAAGGCAGCAGCUGCAGACGGAGUAUGACCACGCCCUGGAGAUCCUCCACGCCAACCAGCAGGAGAUCCAACUGCUGCACCAGGCUCAGGUCCAGGCUCAUCAUCACCAUGAAGAAAAGAUUCAUCUGUUAGAGGUUAAACUUCAUCUUCUGGAGGAGAAAUGCCAGAUGCAGACCGAUACCUGUAAUAUUUUAUCUAAAGAGUUGGAAAAAUUCUACACGGCGUCAAACACAGACAGAUUUUUAUCUCCUGAUCCUGAACGCUGGACGAGAAGUUCUGACGGAUCCCAUAAAUCACUGUGUGACCUCAUAUACGAUCUGAGGAGCUUCACUGAGAGAGGUGAUGAGAGAUCUGAAGGUUCUUCGCUAAUCUCUGAGCUCCUCCAGCCACUGCAGGUCAGCAGAGACGCUCGCCACACACCGGGCAUCAGCGCCAACGCUGCCAGACGGACUCAAACCGGGAGACCUUCCCCAACCAGCCCCUCAGAGAUGGACGAUGAAGUGAGUCAAACCCCACGGUCCAAACCACGAUACACAGGACAGGUCCAUCUCUGCACCGCCCGAUACAGCUAUAAUCCGUACGAUGGACCGAACGAGCACCCGGAGGCUGAGCUGCCUCUCGUGGCCGGGAAGUAUCUGUACGUGUAUGGAGACAUGGACGAUGAUGGAUUCUACCAGGGAGAGCUGUUGGAUGGACAGCGCGGCCUGGUUCCCUCUAACUUUGUGGAGUUUGUCCAGGACAAAGAGAAACCACUGUUGGAUGGAUCAGAUGACCUAGGGCCCCUGGAUCACGGCUGUUUGAGCCUGACGAUGUUAGAUGGAGGCGUAACACUGGACAGUUUAAGUAUGGACCCACUUGGACAUUUCAGUAACGGAACUGGGACUCUGGACGCUGACGAGCUGUCCGAUGACGUCGUGCCUUAUCCUAGGAGGAUCAACUUGAUAAAACAGCUGGCGCGGAGCGUCAUCGUGGCGUGGGAUCCACCUCUUAUACCUCUCGGUUGGGGCAACAUUAACGGCUAUAAUGUUUUAGUGGAUGGUGAGGUGCGUGGCACCGUGCCCUUCAGUGGCAGGACCAAAUUGCUGGUGGAGAAGCUGGACCUGGCCGCGUGUACGUACCGCGUGUCCGUGCAGUGCGUGACCGAGCGCGGCCUGUCGGACGAGCUGCGCUGCACCAUGUUGGUGGGUAGGAACGUCACAGUGGCCCCCACAGGGCUGCGCCUGGACGACAUCAUGAGGGACUCGGCCGAGCUCUCGUGGCUCCCCAGUAACAGUAACUACUCCCACACUGUGUUCCUGGACGAGGUGGAGCACGCUGUGGUCAAGCCCUGCUGCUACAGACUGCGCUUCACUAACCUAAAGGCCACCACAGUGUAUAAAGUACGGGUGGUGGCCAAACCGCACCAGGUGCCCUGGCACAUGCCACUGGAACAGAGGGAGAAGAAGGAGGCCGGGGUCGAGUUCUGUACCCAAGCAGCAGGUCCUCCUCUACCCCCCAAUGAUGUGAAGGUCCAGUGUGGACAGGCCCCUGGAAUCCUCCAGGUCCACUGGAAACCCCCUCUGUUAACACCUAUGGGAACCUCUAACGGUGCCAACGUCAUAGGAUAUGCGGUGUGCACCAAGGGCCAGAAGAUCGCUGAGGUGUUGUACCCGUUGGCAGACUAUGCAACAGUGGACCUGAACCGACUUCAGUGUUUGGAGGCGCGAGAGGUCGUGGUCAGGACGUUAGCAGCACAAGGAGAAUCACAGGACUCUCAUGUCGCCGUCAUUCCCAACAACCUGCUUGUGCCUCACCACCUCCAGUCUACUCUACCACACCCACUGCCACAACCUCACCCACCACGCCCUGUGUUACCACCACCGAUUCAGCCUCAUCCUCCUCACCCCGGCCCUGAUACAGGAGCACACCUUCAACCUCUUCCAAUCCACCCGAAUCAACCACCUUCCCAUCUACAACCUCAUCCUGUACCCCAUCCCGUACCUCAUCCUGUACCCCAUCCCACCCAGCCGUCUCCUCUACAGCUCCAACCCUUCCUAGCCCACCCAUUUCCCCAGCCUCAACCCACCAUCCCCAUUCCCCAACCCACUAUCCCGAUGCCCCAACCCCAUAUACCCCAGCUGUCCCUCCCUCAGCCUCAGAGACCACCAAGUGCCAGAGAACUGGAAACCAAAGAGCAGGGGGUAGGCAUGCACCACCCAGCUGGUGGACCACCACAGCCAUGGGAGUCUAUGUGUUCUCCGUCAGGACUGCCCCCAGCCAUGCCACACGGACACACUCUGGAGGCUCCGCCAUGCUUAAACCACCGCUCGCCCUCUCCACAGAGGAUUCUGCCUCAGCCCAGGGGUACUCUCAUCCCCGACAACAUGGCCAAGGCUAUCGCCCGCGAGGCAGCACAAAGAGUGGCCGCCGAGAGUGGACGGAUGGAGAGGAGGAGUCAGGGCUUUCACUCUCAGAACUCAGAUGAGGAGGAGGAUGAGGAAGGCUAUCAGUCACGAAGAAGAGGAGCAUCUGUGGAUGAUUUCCUCAGGGGCUCAGAGCUCGGCAGGCAGUCUCACUACAGUCACAGUGAAGACUAUCAGACUGAAAGCAGUCGAGGUUCAGAUUUAUCCGACAUAAUGGAGGAGGAUGAGGAGGAGCUGUACUCCGAAAUGCAGCACGAGGAAGGACGCCGGCGCAAUUCACACAGUGCUCUUAAGGUUGGUGGUAACACAUCAUCUGCAGAAAGGAUACAUCGGGACGCGGGACGGAGGCCGGCUCACGGAGGUCCUCACCCACAGCGCAGACCCCUCAUGGUCCCCUCUAUAGAGAUUACCACUGAGAGUAACAGUGAGGGAAACCUUUCUCCACUCAAGGAGGAUGUUUACUAUGGCCGUGUAGCGCGCCACAGGACAUGGUGCUCACGGAGGCAUGGUGCCCCCCGGCCCCGUCAUGGUGGGUACAGGGAUCGAGGACGGCGUUCGCCUCCGUACUAUGAAGAGUCCGAGCCUGAAGAUCCGUUCCGUACCUUUGUAGCAUUAUUCGACUACGACCCCCUGUCCAUGUCCCCGAACCCAGACGCUGCAGACGAGGAGCUUCCCUUCAAAGAAGGACAGAUCAUCAAGGUAUACGGGGACAAAGACACGGACGGCUUCUAUCGGGGGGAGAUCCGUGGCCGAUCCGGUCUGAUCCCAUGUAACAUGGUAUCGGAGAUUCGGGCCGAGGACGACGAGACGAUGGAUCAGCUCAUGAAGAAGGGUUUCCUCCCGCUCAACACCCCCGUCGACAGAAUAGAGCACAGUAGGAAAGGUGGACGCCACCCAGUGGCUACCAGAAGGAUGGUGGCUCUUUACGAUUACGAUCCCCGAGAGAGCUCCCCGAACGCUGAUGUUGAGGCAGAGCUGACGUUCUGUGCCGGAGACAUCAUCGCCGUGUUUGGGGAGAUCGAUGAGGACGGAUUCUACUACGGUGAGAUCAACGGACACCGGGGUCUGGUUCCCUCCAACUUUUUAGAAGAAGUGCCUGAUGAUGUAGAGGUCUAUCUCACCGAGACACCUUCCCGCCACGAGCAGGAUGAACACGAGCCGACGCCCCGCCCAGAGAUCAAACGGGUUCCUUUGGAGAACACACUCCCGGCUCCAGCUCCUGGCAGACCAGCAUCUCCCAUCGUGCGUCCUCUACUCCCCGUGGGUCCCGUCAGGCCCCUGAGCCCCGCCGGGCCCCGAGAUCUGAAAAAGAAAAAAGGACUGCUCUCCAAGGGGAAGAAUCUUCUCAAAAAGUUCUCAAAGUGAAAACCAUCUGACGGUCUGAAGUACAGACAGUAAAACGCCAUACACAAUCAAAAGGGCAACAAAGUGGGUUCAGCUGGGUUCAU